AUGGCCAACUCCAUCGACGACUCACUAAGGUCCCUCUCUCUCGACUACCUCAACCUCCUCAUCAACGGCCAGGCCUUCAGUGACGUCACCUUCAGCGUCGACGGCCGUCUCGUCCACGCCCACCGCUGCAUCCUCGCCGCCCGCAGCCCCUUCUUCCGCCGCUUCUUCUGCAGCGGCGGCCCCGACGUGGACCCGCAGCCGCCGCGCGGCGCCGUCCACGUGGCCUCCGUCGGGUACGACGUCUUCCUCCUCGUUCUCCAGUUCCUCUACUGCGGCCACGCCUCCCUCGUGCCCCACCGCCUCGAGCCGGCCGCCGCAGCCUGCGGGGACAGGGCCUGCGGCCACGAACACUGCGCCGCCGCCGUAGAUCUCGCGCUCGAGACGCUCGCCGCCGCCAGAUCCUUCGGCGUCGAGCAGCUUGCUUUGAUCACUCAGGGCCUAGACCUCGAUCGCUCCUUAGCCCUUCACUACGCGGUCGAGAACUGCAGUCGGGAGGUCGUCAAGGCGCUUCUCGAGCUCGGCCCGGCCGACGUUAACCUCCCCGCGGGGCCCGCUGGCCGGACGCCGCUCCAUGUGGCGGCCGAGAUGGUGUCGCCGGAGAUGGUGGCGGUGCUCCUCGACCACCACGCGGACCCCAACCGGAGGGCAGCCGACGGGACGAGCCCACUCGACGUGCUCCGAGCACUCACGUCGGAUUUCCUUUUCCGGGGGGCCGGUGGAGGGGGGCCCGCGGCACGCGUUGAGCCGAACAAGCUUCGGCUUUGUCUCGAGCUAGUGCAGUCGGCGGCCUCGGUUAUUUCAAGGGAAGAGGAGAAAGAGGGCGGCGGGGAUGCUACGGCGACUGCAGUGAACCGGCGUGGAGGCGGUUCAGUGUACUCCCGUGAUCGGUAUUGUUGA